AUGGCGUCGGACUCGCUAUUGGAGUGUUUCCAUACGAUAGGGGAGAGUAUCCAUCUUCACGAAUCUCCUGCUCGGUCAUUGCCAGAUCCUGCCUCGCCGUCCCUGGUGAUCCUGUGUACCUGGGUCGGGGGCGCCACGCCUCGGCGAAUCAACAAGUAUCUGGCUCAAUACCAGGAAAUCUUCCCAACAUCAUCCCUCCUCCUGAUAACAACAAAUGUGCCCGAUACAGCUUUCCGGCCACUCACAUGGAUACGUGCCAAUCUGAAGCCUGCUCGCAAUGCGAUUAACCGAAUCGUGGGUCGUGAGAUCGGCCAAAACACGGUUGAGUCUAGUAGUCGCCAGCGCGGCAUUCUACUCCAUCUAUUCUCCCACGGAGGCGGCAACAUUGCCAGUCAACUCGCGCUAUCCAUGAAGGCAGAACCCGACCGUGGCGCAUUAUUCUUCUCUAAUCUUCGCACUAUUAUCCUGGACUGCUGCCCUGGCGACGAUACCUUCGAACGGAUGUACGCGGCUACUCGGGUAUCCGUGCCACAGACUCCCGUUGCACAAUUCUUGGGUAAAACAGUUAUGUACCCAGCACUCGCCGUGGUCAAUGGAUUCCAGCAGGCCGGCCUAGUGCGCGCCGUAAAGGACCUUCGCGACAUUCUAAAUGCCCCUUCUACUUUUGGAUCGACGCCAAGGAGGUUAUAUAUCUAUUCCAAAGAGGACAUCGUGAUAGGAUGGGAAGAUGUGCAAUCGCAUCUUGAAGAUGCACAGAAUCGAGGGUACUCUGUUGGUCAAGUUUGUUUUGAACAAGGUCCUCAUUGCGGGUUGGUCAUGGAAGAUCCUAAUCGGUACUGGGAUGCUGUGAAGAAUUUCUGGGCCGGCGAGGAUGUUUGGGAUGUAAGUCCCAAUGGCUCCCAAGGAACUUCCACGGGUAAGCGGGCGAUUAUCCCCAGCAAGCUCUGA